AUAACAGCAGCUCGGGUAGCUGCGACGGCUUCCGCGAAAUCCGACUGUUUUCUUCAGCCGUUGAACUCAUCAAUUACAUUAAACGGCUUCUCAUUCCCGAGAUCAGACAUGGAUGACGUAGGCUACUCCACGGAUGCUUGAGCCUGAGCUAGCUAGCCGCUUGUAGUGACACCGUGAUGCGCCGCUCGAGUUUGGUAGUAGGCGGAGAUGGCGUCAUUGAAAGGGGGUUCGAGUGGUCGGUUUGAUCUUCAUGUGCAACGCCAAAACUAGGCCCGAUUGUUUUCGGUUCAGUGUGAUGGGCGUACAAGAGAAGAGGAAGGACUAUGUGAUGAGUAUCAAGCCCGGGGUUAAGCUUUUUCUUUAUGACUAUGAUCUCAAACUCCUCUAUGGAGUUUUCCAAGCUUCCUCUGCGGGUGGGAUGAAACUUGAGCGCAAUGCUUUUGGUGGAUCCUUUCCCGCUCAGGUGCGGUUCAAGGUGGUUAGUGAUUGUAUACCGUUGCCUGAGAGCGAAUUCAAGAAAGCAAUCAAGGAGAACUACAACAACAGAAACAAGUUCAAAACAGAACUUACGCGUAAACAGGUAUUCAAGCUGACAAAGCUUUUCCGACCAGCUGCUCUCCCUGCUCAAUUGACUCACACUCUGCCAGCCCCUGUUCCUCGUCCUGCUGAGAGGAAAAGAUCUGACAAUGACCGCUAUGCUCCUGGCAGCAGCAGAAGUCAUGGAAGGAGUCGCAAUGCUGCACCUCCUCCACGCAGAGAAGAGCCACCACGCAGAGAAGAACCACCCCGUGAUCUAUACCUCACUGAAAGCGAGUACCGAACAUACGGCUUGAGAAGAGCAGAACCAGCUCAGCAUUAUCCACUACUGCCACCUGAUUCUUCUUACCGUCUGGACUCGUACCGUCCAUCUGCGGUGGAUCAUGAGCGGCUUUUGAGACAAGCAGAGAUUGAGAGGCAUCAUGACCGUAGAGAAGUUCUUUUGCCUGAGAGAAGCUACCACCCGUCGUAUGAUCACGUCCUAAGCUCUAGGCGCCUGGCACCAGAGCCACCAUUGGAGUCUUACAUGAGAGACCCGUAUCACAGAGUCGAGUACCGUAGUCCCGAAAGACUACAUAGGACGACAUACCUGCCUUCUUCGGGAAGAGAAGACGAUGACUUGUAUUCACGAUAUGUUACACCGGACUCAUUGGCUGAGUACUACCGAUCAUCGUCAUCUCGCAGAUACCCCCCAAGCAUUGCUGAAUCUGAGUUUCUUCCGCCUUCAUCAAUAACAUCACGGUAUGCUUACUCAGGGUCUUUACCCUAUUCUCACCGCUGAUUUUUACUCAAGCUCUCCUUUUGAAUGUAUUUGCUGUUUAAUGUAUGUUUGGAUUUGGACAUGCUUUCGUUGGUUCACCCAAACUUGGAUUGUACUUUAGUUUUUAUUUAUUUGUCGUUGUACCAAUUGCCCUCGGCAGAUAACUUUUUUUAUCCUCGAAUAAAUGUUUUCAUAUA